AUGGAUAGUGGAUCUGAUGAUAGAGAAGAUGAUCGAAUGGAAGAUGAUUAUCAAACUGACAGCGAAUGGACGACUGAAUCAGAUUCUAGCAACGAAGACGGUGUGAUUGAGGCAGGAGAAGACGAAGAAGUCAGGGAAAGAUAUGAAAGAGAGAAUAGAAGACUCGCUCGCUCGGAGUCCAGUAAUUCUGGAGCCAGUAGCGCCAGUGCUCAGGAGGAAUCCCAGCUUUCCGCUCUACAACUCGCACGGAUUCUUUACAGACGGCAACAUAUUUUCAACGAAGGAUUGCCGCGAGAAGGCGAAAUGGAAGACAUCGUUAAUCCAACAAUAUCAACAGCUAAAGCAAUGAUUCUCCGAAAUCGAUUUAAAUCCAGAGCUCCGAAAGCCCACAACCGCUCUUGGAUCCGUUCUCACCUCGACUCUCGAAAUUAUAAUUCGAAGAAGCUUCGAGCAAGCCAUUGUGCAUCCAUCAUUCCAAAUUUCUGCAAAACAGAGCCAGUUCAACACAGAUACCGAGUCUUCUCCGGGUCUUGGACGCCAAGUGGCAAAUUUUUCGUCACCGCCAGUCAGAAAGAACAAAACCAAGUGGACAUUUACGAUGCGAAUCGCCUGACAAACGAGGAGUCCGACGAGGACGCCGAUCCUAAAGCCGCUAUUAUCAAAAAGAUCAACAUAGAAGACGUCGGCUGGGCGAUUAUCGAUCUAGCAAUUUCCUCUGAUUCGAAAUACGGCGCCGUCACAAGUUGGUGUAACAAUAUCUCCGUCUUUCGCAUCGACAACGAUAGAACAGACAGAAGCGUGCACAACAUUCCCCUGCCCGUCAACAACCACAGCUUCUAUUCCGGCCACAGAUCGGCCGUUUUCAGCUUGCGCUACAAUUUUAACAGCUCAAAAAUGUUCGGAGGUUCCAACAACGGAAGACUGCUGCUGGUUGAUAUUGGAACGCAAAAAGUAACGAGCGACAUGGAUCAGAAGAACGACUAUGAUAUGAAUGCCGUGUGCUUUGAAAAGUUCAGCGAUAAUUUGGCAUUCGCUGGAGGUGAUAGUGGAAUCGUUUCCUGCUGGGACAUGCGUUUGUUUGGAAAUAAACGAGAGAAGGGCGUUGUUGGAUACUUUGCUGGGCAUGCUAAUGGAAUCGCGUACAUCGAUACGGCGCAUGAUGGAAGAACUUUACUCACAUCAGCAAAAGAUCAAGCAAUCAAACUCUGGGAUAUUCGAAUGUUUACGAGACCAGAGGCGACGGAGAAAUUCACCUCUCAAAUCGCAGACGACUACUGGGACUACCGACACGAUUAUGUUCCCACGAGGCAUCAGAAUACAGUUGUUGAAGUGGAUGAAGAAGAUACUAGUGUGCUCACUUUGAAAGGGCAUAUUUUGCUGCAGACUUUGAUCCGAGCGAAGUUUUCACCUCAAUACACGAACAACAGAUACAUCUACUCUGGCGAUUACAGAGGCGGAUAUAAUCUGUGGGAUCUGCAUUCAAAAGAACUCAAUGUCCAAAAAUUCACAUCUGAUUAUUUCAACUGUCACAAUAAAUGCAACUUGGUGAGAGACGUCGAUUGGCAUCCACAUCUUCCCGUUUUAGCGGCUUCUAGCUGGAAUGGAAGUGUUACAUUCUGGACGCGAAAGCCGUCAAAUUACGAAGCCUUAUUUUGCGAAGCUCUUAAUAAUGAUUCCCAGGAUUUGCUAACUCUUUAA